AUGUACGCAAAAAAUCGGACAAAGCAAUGUUCAUACGCAAUUAAAGAUAUUUUUGAUGGACAUUUAUAUCGAAAAAAUAAUUUCGAUGACUUACCAGACGAUAUAAUUACGUUGAAUUUUAGCGUUGAUGGAACUCCGUUAUUUAAAGCUUCGCAGACUUCCAUAACUCCUGUACUAUGUACAGUUAAUGAAAUUAAUCCAAAAAUACGCAAGAACCAUAUUAUUUUAACAAGUACUGACAUACCUGAUAUGGAUGAAUACUUGAAACCGUUCAAAUAUAAUAACGUUGAGUACCACAAAAAAUGUCAAAUUUUAAUUGGAAUUUGUGAUUCUGUUGAGCGACCAAAAUUAAGAGGAUCAAAGUCAUUUCGUGGGGAAUAUGGUUGUGGCUUCUGUAAGCAUAAAGGAGAAGAAAUUGCGAAAGGUCGCGGCUAUGUUCGAAUAUUCCCAAUAGAUGACGAUGGUAAUGCUCACGGAGAAGGAUUGCGAUCUCACACAGAGACAUUAAUUCAUGCUAAUAACGUUGAAAAAGGCAUAAAACAUCGUUCUGUAUUGUGUGACAUACCAAAAUUUGACAUUAUUAAGAAUUUAACACCUGAUUGGAUGCAUUGCGUCGCGCUAGGAGUCUGUAGACAAUUUUUGAAGCUUUGGAUUGAUUCCAGUUACCAUGAAAGAGAAUUUUAUCUUGGCAAUCAUAUUUCCGCAACUGACAAACUACUACUGUCUUUCAAACCAUCAAUGGAUGUUUCAAGGACUCCAAGAACGAUGUCAAAGGAUAGGUUACAUCUAAAAGCGCAUGAACUACUUACCUAUCUUGAAAUUAUGUUUACCGAACAAGUUUGUCACACACUGGAGUUUAUUAGUUGA